ACACAGGAAGGUCACACCAUCCCCCACAAUCAUCAGAGUGGAAACCUUGAGAAUUACAAUGCUCUUGUUAAAGAAGAGUGUAAAGAGGAGGAUGAGGAGUAUGGUGUAAUGGAUUAUUUACAAGGACACAAAGGACUCUACAAGGACGUCGUAUUGGACAAUCAGCUGCCCCUCACCUCACCGGAUGAAUGUGAUGUUGUGAUUUCCUCAGAGGGGUCUCAGGAUUCCUCUGAUUAUGAUGGAGAAGAAUAUGGAUCCAAAACAGAAUCUCAGGGAGUAGAGACUUAUUCAUGCCCGGAGUGCGGUCGAGGAUUUGAAGUGAAACGUAAUCUGCGAAGACACAUGAAAGUUCACACCGGUGAGUUUUUUCCCUGUAAAGAGUGCGGGAAAUGUUUUUCACGGAGGGAUAGACUCAAGGAACACAUGAGGACCCACACCGGGGAAAAGCUGGAUACUUGUACAAAGUGCGGAAAAUCUUUUUUAGGAAAGUAUAGACUCAUCAGACACAUGAAGACCCACACAGAUGAUAACUUGCCUCCCUGUCCAGACUGCGGCGAGAGCUCCAAUCAGAAUGGUGGUCUUUGCAUCCAUCAGAAAAUUCAAAUGUUGAAAAGUUCCCAUUCAUGUUCGGAGUGCGGGAUUUCUUUUGAUACUCUAUCUGAGUUUACCUUACACCAGAGAGGCCACGCCGGUAAGGAGAUCUUUCCCUGCUCGGAGUGCGGGAAAGUGUGUGCAAGUAAAUCCCGUCUUCUUAUCCACCAGAGAAGUCACACCGGUGAGAAGCCCUUUUCAUGUCCCCAAUGCCAGAAAGGAUUCGUAGUGAAGUCAGAACUUAUCAUCCACCAGAGAAAUCACACCGGUGAGCUGCCGUUUACUUGUCGAGAGUGCGGGAAAGGUUUCACACGGCACGGGAACCUCGGUAAUCACAUGAAAGUCCACAUUCAGGAGAAGCCGUACUCCUGCCCGGAGUGCGAUAGAUCCUUCAGCCGGAAAAGUGAAUUUGUUAUGCACCUGAACGAUCACACGGGGGAUCACCCUUUUUCAUGCUCAGUGUGCGGGAAAGGUUUCUCUCAUACAGGAAAACUUCACAUGCACGAGAGAACUCACAAGGGCUUCACACAACAAUGGAAUUUAACUAAUGACUCGGAGGCCCAAACUCAGGAGAAGUUCUCCUGUCCAGAGUGUAAGAAAUCCUUCAUCGGGAGAAAUGAAUUUGUUUUGCACCUGAGCUCUCACACGGGGGGUUUUCCUUUUUCAUGCUCAGUGUGCGGGAAAGGUUUCUCUCAUAGAGGAAAAUUUCACGUACACGAGAGAAUGCACAAGGGUUUCACACAACAAGGAAACUCAACUAAUGACGUGAAAGUCCACGUUCGAGAGAAGCCUUUCUCCUGUCCGGAGUGUGAGAAAUCCUUCACCCGGAGAAAUGAUCUUAUUAUGCACCUGAGCGAUCACACGGGGGAUUAUCCUUUUUCAUGUUCAGUGUGCGGGAAAGGUUUCGCUCAUAAAGGAAAACUUAACGUUCACGAGAGAACUCACAAGAGUAAACAACCUUAACCCUGUUCAGAGUGCGGAGAAACCUACCUGGAAAAUGUACAUUUAAUUAACAACACAACGGGCGGGAGGAGGUAGGGGGGUAGUCAUGGGGUGGGGCGACAUGGCCAAGGUCUGAUAUCUAGCAUAAAGAUCGUGUUCCCCCAGCACCACCAAUCCCAAGACCCUUUCCUCAUCCGAUUACUAAACUAUGGAGAUCGGAGAUCCUAGCAUAGAACCUGCCCAAGUCUCGUUUUCAAAAUGCCAAGAUCUCGCUCUCCCCAGGUAGAGUAGAUCCUUCACAGAGUUUCAGAAGAUUCUCCGAGAUAAUGGCAUGAAAUAAAGCUUCAUAUAUACCAGCCGACUCCAUAUUCUGGAGGGAGAGACAGCCACAAUUUUGGAGCCCCUGCACCACCGAUCCCAAGACCCUUUCUCAUCCGAUUACUACAUUUUGGAGAUCGGAGAUCCUAGCCUAGAACCUGCCCUAGAACCUUGUUUUCAAAAUGCCAAGAUCUCGCUCUUGCCCAAUUAUGCUCCAGAGAUAGAGAAGCUACAGUAUAUCCUUUAGGGAGAUUAAGAUGAAUCUCCGGGAUAAAGACAUCAAAAAUAGCCUCAUAUUUCCCAGCCGACUCCAUAUCCUGGAGGAAGAGACAACCAGAUUCUUUGAUGCCCCGGCUGCCGCAUCCACCAGGUUGGACACGUUUUCACCAUGAAAACGUACAUGCCGACCAGCUUCUGAAGCCAGCCUCGUCUUUCUGUCAACAACAAGUUACCUUCAACCUCCAAAGUAAAUGGCAACUUGGCCUACCAGAUAUAAUUGCUACAAAAAUUAUGCCUCAACCAGUUUUCACGUCGAGAAAACUACCAUGACAGCUUUUGGCCGGGAAAACCGACCGUGUGAAUGCUCCAUCACAGUUUUCC